AAGCGCUCAUCGAGCUCAGUACUCAGUCAGCGUCCAGCCCGAAGAGUAGCGUCCCCUUGCGAAGGUUCUAAGAUUACAUCAGAUUUAUAUAUGAGCUCUCUAAAGAGAUUUUUGGACUUGCCAUUUGGAUGGCUAUUGCUUUCUAUCCUUGUGCUAUGUGCCGUCGGUUUGCCCACGUCGUUCGAAUGCCAUGACGAUCCUGACCCUCCUAUCAACGAAGACUACGUUGAGAUUUCAUUUAAUACAAUGCCACCCACCUUAAAAGAAGCCUCAACGUCAAAACCCGUGGAUCAAUUCAUCGAUCUCACCCAUUCAAACCAAUGCGGUAAGUCUGCGAGUGGUAUUGUGCCCAAAGAUGGAACCCUUAAUUCGACUUAUCAAUCGGAAUACGGCGCCUUCCCCUGGAUGACAGCCAUCUUCCACAACGGCCAAUUUAUUGCUGCCGGCAGUCUGAUCCGAUUGGAUAUUGUCCUAACGUCUAAGGAUUCAGUGAGGGAAAUACCGCAGAAUGAACUUCAAGUGUAUGCCGGCGCGUGGGACCUCCGACGUUCGGGGGAGAAGUAUUCUAAGCUCAAUCGCUCUGUGAUUGAUAUUGUAGUUCGGGAUAAUAUCGCCAUUCUCUUUUUGAGCACGCCCUUCUUCAAUCCGCCGAGCAUACAGGCAAUCUGCCUGCCUCAGACAGAUGCGGUGUUCACCGAAAUCGACUGCAAGACUAUAGGCUGGAGUCAGCCCUCCGACACCGGCACCUACACCAGCCAGUCAGAUAUACUCUGGUUCAGAAAGAACGUCGUCCUGCCUCGAGAGGAUUGCGAAAGUGAAUACAAUCUCCUGGGCAACAGGACCCUGGAACCCGACGUCUUCUGUGCGAUAGAUGUGUCCAACGAGCUUAGCCCUCUAAAUAGUGGCUCAGGGCUCUUUUGUGUAAAUGGAUCCAGUAAACACUCGGUUCUGGCAGGAGUGUCACUUUCAAGCAGGGACUGGAGCUUGGAUAAUCGGCCUGCUCUUUUUGCUAAUAUUCCUCAUUAUUUGGAAUGGAUUCAGCGGGAACUGUCCGAGGACGAGACGAACGAAAAUCAACCUUCUUGAUGAAAAAAAAUUCCAAAACACUCUAUAUUUCGUCUUUAAAAAGAUUAUUUUCAAAUAUUAUUUUGAAAGUACACAGUAUAAAAGUA